AUGGCAGCCCAAAAGGACAAGCAGAUGAUCGAGUUGCGGGAGACUAUCAUCAACGGUUUCCCAAAUGAUAAAUGCAAUUUAUCUUUAUCUCUCCGUCCAUUUUGGAAUAUUAGGUCCCAGCUAGCAAUAGACGAAACGGACGGAAUGAUCGUGGCAGGAGCCAGGGUCGUAAUUCCAGCCGAAUGCCGUCAACCCUUGCUCCAAGAUCUAAUCAACAUGCACCAAGGUGCCACGAAGCUAAGGCAGCGCGCCAGAAUAUCCGUGUAUUGGCCAGGAAUGGACAUCGACAUUGCUAACGCCGCCAAAACAUGCCCGUCGUGCACCGAAAAACUCCCGUCGCUUCCACGUGAGCCAUUAAAACCGCACGAAACAGCGACCCGUCCAUUCGAACAACUCCACUCGGACAUCGCAACAGUGAACGGACGUGAUUUUCUCAUCAUUGCUGACCAAUACAGUGGUUGGCCAGACGUCAUCCCAUUCCCGAACAAAAACACGACAGCCCGUCGCGUUGUCGAUACAGUGCGUGAAUUUUUUAUUCGUGGUCCAGGGGCCCCCGUCAAAUUCUGGAGUGAUAACGGGCCCCAAUUUAAUGCCGUCGAAUUCAAAAAUUUUGCAAAAGACUGGGGCGUGUCAAACGGAAAUUCAGCGCCCCACUACCCCCAGUCAAACGGAUUUGCCGAAGCGACCAUCAAGAGCAUGAAAAAACUCAUCGCUGGCUCAUGGAGAAAUGGCUCCUUCGACACUAACAAAUUCGCAAAAUCUAUUCUACUUUUCAGAGAACGCUCCUCGCCCAGGUGCAGCAUCGCCAGCCCAAAUGGUAUUUAA